CGCCCUCCUGGCUGUCUCACCCCCCGGUCACUGGACGCCCGCCCUCCACAAACCCCCCGAGCCUCUACCCCCAUCCCCCGAAGAUCAUCUGCACGCAAUCUCGCCCGCCUCCCGUCCGCGCUAGCGUUCUUUCAGAAGCCGCAAGACACACCAGCGAACCCACUUCUCCCACUCCAGGCCACUUGGGGCAAUCCGCCAAGACGACCAUCCCAUCCCCAUCAUCAUCAUGGCCUCGGCCUCGUUUCGCGACUCGAUGAAUUCGCUCGGCUGGAGCCGCCGCGACCCCGACCUGCCCGUCAACACGGCCUCGCAGCAACCCAUCCUCAGCAGGCUGCAGUCCUUGAACCCCUUUGGCGACGGUGGCUAUGUCAGGCUGCCCACCCACGAGCCCGGCGCGCCCCUGCCCGCCCCGACGCGCCGUGAGGAAGAGGAGGGUUGGUUUGCGCUGAGCCGAUGGGACCGGAUGCUCGUUUUUGGCGGCCUCAACCUUGCCGCCGUAGCCAUGUUCGUUACUUGUUUUGCUCUGAUGCCUACCGGCGUCUUCCUUCUGAAACCCAGAAAGUUUGCCAUCCUGUGGACGAUGGGCUCGGUCCUAGCCCUGGCCUCUUGGGCGGUCAUGAUGGGCCCGAUGCAGUAUGUCCAACACCUGCUUUCGGGCCCCCGACUACCGUUCACCGCGGCAUACUUUGGCACCAUCGCGCUGACUCUCUUUUUCGCCAUCGGGCUUCACAGCACCUUCCUCACGCUCGUCUCGUCGAUCGCGCAGCUCGUUUGCCUGCUGUGGUAUCUGGUCUCUUAUUUUCCGAUGGGAUCGUCCGGACUGCGCUUCGCAGCGCGCUUCGGUGGGAACAGAGUCGCGGCAUGGAUGAACGACUGAUGAAGGGAGCGACGCGUGCACCACACACCCGCUUGCUGCUGUAUUUACUACACAGACAAACCCAUGUAGCCAUGACGCGAGGCGCGUCGCGAAAGCGAACACAGCGUCCAGGGUCUCGCCUCAUGCUGGGCGAGGCAAAAAAGAAUGCCAAACAUUUUCC